AUGCAUUCUGUAACAAAUUUAUACCUGCUAAAUUUGGCCUUAAGUGACUUGCUUCUGAGCGUAGUUUGUAUGCCCCCAACCCUGGUCAGUUCCUUAGUUUAUUGCUGGGUAUUUGGCGAUUUACUUUGUAAACUAUUGGCAUAUCUACAACGUAGAUUUAAUUUUUAUCUAAAUUUUAAAGAUUUUUUAUUUACAGCAGUUGUCGUAACAGGUAUAAUUUAA